CAAUCUUCAGGAUUCUCAUUAAUUCAGAAAUUUUAUUCUAUUUUGUGUUGUUUUUUUGUAUUUUCCUGUAUUUUGAGGUUUGGGUCUUUCAUGAUAUUGGGGGUUAGAGAAAGUAAGAAUAUGGUCCAAAAUGGGGGAUGGGAUGUUUUGAAAUUGAGCAAUAUUUGAAGGUCUAAAUCAUGAAUUCCCCCCUCCCCUGGGUUUAGGGAAUGAAUCAAUGAAACUGAUAUGACAUUUGCAUUAUUUUUGUCUGCGGCAAUGAUUUAAUGUUUUGUAUAUUCACAGUUUCUUUGAUUUGAUUGUGUUUAAUGUGCAGUAAAUGAUUAGAGCGACUUGUUUAGAUGGUUGGAUUGGCGGCAAUAGCAGAGUUAUUUGGUGGAAAUGCCGGAAUAGAGGAAUUGGAGGCCUUUUAUCCCAUAAGACGCGAUUGCUUAGCUGAUAUUCCAAAGACCCGUUUUAGGCCUAGGGUUGGGAAAACUCUUAGUGCAAGAAGAUGGCAUGCUGCAUUCUCUGAUGAUGGUCAUCUUGAUAUAGAAAAAGUUCUUAGACGGAUCCAACGAGGAGGUAUUCACCCUUCGAUCAAAGGGUUUGUCUGGGAGUUCCUUUUAGGUUGCUUCGAUCCUAACAGUACCUUUGAUGAUCGGAAUCAGCUCAGAGAGCAAAGGAGGGAAAGGUAUGCUAUGUGGAAGACUGAAUGCCAGAAUAUGGUGCCGGUCAUUGGUAGCGGAAAGUACAUUACUAGACCAAUUAUUACUGACGAUGGCCAACCGAUAGAAGGUGAAGAUUGUCAUGUGACAAGUGCUGUUUCAGACAAGAAAGUGGCGCACUGGAUGCUUUUCCUGCAUCAAAUUGGUUUGGAUGUUUUUCGAACUGAUCGAGCACUUGUGUUCUACGAGGAUGAAGCUAAUCAAGCAAAACUUUGGGAUAUUCUUGCUAUAUAUUCAUGGGUAGAUGAUGAUAUUGGUUAUGUUCAAGGAAUGAAUGACAUUUGCUCUCCAAUGGUAAUUCUUCUUGAAAAUGAAGCCGAUGCAUUUUGGUGCUUUGAGCAUGCAAUGCGCAGACUGAGGGAAAACUUUAGGUGCAGUACAAGUUCAAUAGGAGUGCAAUCCCAACUUGGUAUACUUUCACAAGUAAUUAAAACUGUUGACCCUAAGCUUCAUCAACACCUUGAGGAUCUAGAUGGUGGGGAGUAUUUGUUUGCGUUUCGCAUGCUGAUGGUACUUUUCCGGAGAGAAUUCUCCUUCGUCGAUGCUCUGUAUCUUUGGGAGGUUAUGUGGGCAAUGGAAUACAACCCUAAUAUCUUCUCGUUGUACGAGCAACCCGAUGCAGCUCUAGAUAGCAACAGUACACAAACAUUACAUGCAAAGGAGCUAAAGCGGUACGGUAAAUUUCAAAGAAAAAAUCUGCAGAAUGGACACAUGGAUAAAAACUGUGCGCUCUCGGUUUUCCUUGUUGCAAGCGUCCUUGAGACCAAGAAUAGGCAGAUUCUAAAGGACGCUAAGGGUCUCGAUGAUGUUGUGACGAUAUUGGGUGAGAUUACUGGAAAUUUGGAUGCUAAGAAAGCAUGUCAAAACGCACUGAAGAUUCAGGACAAGUACCUGAAAAAGGCCAAGAAAUCAUAGGUGGAAUGUCAUCAAACAUCAAUUUCUGUACUUCAAACAUUUUUUUUUCUUAUAAUGCUUAAUUUAGAGUUCUUUGUAUUAAUCAAUUGAUUUUGUGUUUUACA